GAGCUAGACAGGGAGCAGUGCAAACAGACCUCCUGGCAUGCUUAUCUGGAACUCGUGAUUUCACUGGAAACAUAACCAUAUUUCACAGAGGGUAGCAUGGCAACUACAGAUGACAUAGAUGAUGAUGACCUUCUGGACUAUGCCAUACAGAUGAGCAUUCAGGAGUCCUGCCAAAAUGCAGCCUGCUCAGAGAGUUCCAGCUCGGAAAACUUAAAAAUCCUGGAAGCCAUAGAACGAGGAGACUUGUUCUUGCUUCAGAAGCUGUCUGAUGUGCCAGCAGCCUUCACGGAAGUGGACAGCAGUGGAUGGUAUCCCCUCCACAAGGCUGCCCUCCAGCCAUCACCACAGGUGCUGGAGGUAGUCCUCUAUGCUUCAUAUAGACUGAACUUGGAGGAAAAGACCGGGGAUGGCCAAACUGCUCUGAUUCUGGCCACACAAGCUGGUCUGGUGGACAACGUGAGAAUGAUGCUGGAGCAUGGAGCAUCACCAGACGGAACCAAUGAGAAGAAUGAAUCAGCACUUUUGCUCGCAGUCCGACUGGACCUGUUUGAUGUGGCUCUGACUCUGGUCUCCCGGGGAGCCUCAGUGAAUCAGCACUGCCUGAAGAAGUGGACGCCAGUGCACGAGGCUGCCAAGACGGGCUGCACAGACAUCCUUAAGCUGCUCUUGAUACAUGGGGGCAACAUCUCAGAGACGGACCAACAUGGAGUCACUCCGAUGGCUGUUGCCGCAGAGUAUGGUCAGACAGACACCAUAGAGAUCCUCAUUCAGAAUGGUGGUGACGUCAACGCAAAAGCACCUAACGGGGACACUGUGCUUUAUGAUGCUGCUGGAUCAGGCAAUCCUGACUGCAUCGAACUUCUCCUUCAACAUGGAGCUAACCCCAAUAUUGCAAGCCUCUCUUCUCAGCUCCCCAUCCAUCGAGCUGCCUAUGAAGGACAUUACCUGGCCCUGCGUAUCUUCAUCCCCAUCACUACCCGGAGGGCUCUGCGGCUCUCUGGCCAGAGCCCUGUCCACUCUGCUGCUGACGGAGGCCAUGUCCAGUGUCUAGAACUUCUUGUGGAGAAGGGCUUUAAUGUGAAUGCCCUCUUGCUCGCACACAUCUCGGAGAACUAUGGUGACAUGCGGCAGAGUGCCCUUUACUUUGCCGUCUCCAAUGGGGAUGUCACCUGCACAGAGAUGUUACUGAAUGCUGGAGCCAAAACUGACCUGGACCCCCUAAGCUGUCUCCUAGUGGCCGUACGGGCCGGCAGAUAUGAGAUUGUGAAACUGCUGUUGGCCAAAAAGGCUAAUGUGAACGGCUACUCUCCUAUGGUGAGUGACACGGUCUUCCCUACCGCUCUACGGUACUGCCUUAGAGAUGAGAUAAUGAUGAGACUUCUGCUCAACAAUGGCUACGAUGUGGAGAAAUGCUUCAGCUGUCACCAUGAUGAUAAUAUGUGGACAACUGUCACUGAAGAGGAUGACUGUCAUCCUGACAAAGAGGUCCCUUUUUGCGACUACAUCAGUGUGUCCUGCCUUGAGCAUUUGGCAGGAAGAACUGUGAGAAUGCUACUGGAUUAUGUCAGUCAUGUCUGCAUCUGCUCCAAACUUAGAAUGGUUUUGGAGAAACACAAAGAGUGGUCAAUAAUCUGCCAUAUUCUGGGAAACCCACGAUCGCUUACACACCUCUGUAGGCUUGCAAUCAGAUCGCAAAUGACCUCACAGAGAUUUGCUGACCCUAAGACUAUGGAUUCAAUCGUGUUCCCUCACAGACUCAAGAACUAUGUGAUGUACAAAGAGCAUGAUCUGUAUACUGAUAUAAUAUGCUCCAGUGAGUCCAAAUAGUAGUGUGUCAUGCUGCUUUCUUACUAUUGUAUAGUUGCUACUGCAGCUGCAGCAUGUACAGUAACCAGGUUUAAGUUGAUCUUAAACAUUUCCCAAUGUCUUAACAUAAUUUACUAAGCAAAGCACUUUAGUAAAGAAAUAAGGAAACUGAACAUGUUCAUCAUUGUAUCAUUAUGAACUCUAAACUACGUCAUAGACUUAAAUACUGUAAGUGGGAUACUUUUUGCAUGUGUUGCUAUGUUCAUAUUUUAUUUCUGUUGAUACCUAGCCUGGAGACGACCAGACUCUCUUCUUUGCAGAGAGUCUGGCCUAGCUCCAUUGGCAAACGUUUAUUUCCUGGUUUGUGGACUCUUGUCUGAAGUUUGAAUUCAUUGGAGUUCAAUCGCUAACGCUUGGUAAUGACGUAUGAUAACCACGGGGGACACAACUAUAAUGAUAGGCUUGAAACUUGUAAUGUAAAUGUAAUUGCUCUUGGGAACGCCCUCUGCUAUACCAGACGGAAGCACGUAUUCAGGCGGGGGCCAGGCUAACUUGAACCAGUACAAAUCUAUUAAUGUAAAGACAUUGUGCUGAACCAUUGAAAUGCACAGUGUAUAUAAGCUUUCAUUAAAAUGUGUGCUCAUCAGCAGGAGAACGUGUCCUGUGACGGGUCAGAAAAGUGAGUGUCCACACGGUUGUAUUCUCCC